UGUCAAAUCUAAACUAACGAAGAAGAAGUUCUCCGGAAGCUCUUUUUUUGUGCACGCGGUGCGUCCGGCCUUUUCGACAGGGCAGCGAGAAGAACAUGGCCAAGAUCAAGGCAAGAGAUCUGCGGGGCAAGAAGAAGGAGGAGCUGCUCAAGCAGCUGGACGACCUGAAAAAUGAACUGUCCCAGCUCCGUGUGGCCAAGGUUACCGGUGGAGCUGCUUCCAAGCUAUCAAAGAUCCGUGUUGUCCGCAAGUCCAUCGCCAGAGUCCUGACUGUAAUCAACCAGACACAGAAGGAGAACCUGAGGAAGUUCUACAAGGGUAAGAAAUACAAGCCCCUGGAUCUGAGACCCAAGAAGACCAGAGCUCUGCGCCGGCGGCUCAACAAGCAUGAAGAGAGUCUGCGGACCAAGAAACAGCAGAGGAAAGAUCUCCUCUACUCCAUCCGCAAAUUUGCAGUCAAAGCUUAGAGGCUUUUUCUAUUGACAAAAUAAAAUUGCUGUAAAAGACAA